CGGAGUAUGCUAGUGGGGGUUGCCAUAAAUGUCUCGCAAGAAUUUUCAAAUUUUCCCGCGGUGCGGCAGCACGGAGCGACCUAUACUAGUCGAGCUUUUUUCGACGCGGACGAGCAGUGUAAGGUCCAACCCCCGAACCAAACGGUCAUCCGAAUCUAUAGCGAACGAGUGUGGUUAGCAGAUCAGUAGAGCGGCAAUAUGGACGCGCGAUUCAAGAGCAACCUCGCCAUGAUUGGUCGCAAUGAGCCCAUCACAAAAAAGGCCAAGUUCUGGCAAAGCUACGUGCGCGCCCUUAAAGGAACCGACGAUAUGAGGGCUCCCGAACACACCCACAGGCCCCGUAGCAUCUACCGCUCCGAUUUCCCUGAGCUGCAUUCCACCUCGUGGCCAUGGGGAAAGUCCAUCUACGAUGACCCCACCCACGCCGGCGACCGCAUCAACGUGCCUGGAUACAGGUACCUCCCCGUUCAUCGUGAGAUUUACGGCUACUCCCCAAGGCAGCUGUACCCCCACCAGUACAGACCGGUUGAGCGCUUCACCCCCGCUAAAUUCGAUGCUGACAAAGCCUGGAACGACCAUCUCGACCGUCUUGCCGAUAUCGAUAAAAUGUACCCCAGCCAGUCGCCCUUGUUGAACCGACACAAAAACCGAGGAGGCAACCAUCUAUCGACGAAACCACUUUUCGACAUUCACGGAAAUCUGCUCGAUGAUUUGGCCGCACUGACCGAGUUCCCAUCUCUCCUGCGUAAGAAGCCGUUGUGGGAUUUGCUUGAGCCUUCACCAACGGCACCGAUUAGCGCGUUCUCCAGGGACCCAUGGUGGUACCCGAGCUACGCGCCCUACAUCCCGAAUUAUGCGCAAUUCAGGACACCCUUCUACCUGAGGGAUAGCUACCUGAGCCCCGUCAAGCGUCGUUACCUCUGGAGCCGACACCCCCUCAGGCCUCUGGAGAACUAUUGCUCCCAAUUUUGCUAUUAUUCAAAGCCAUGCCCACGAGUUCUAUUUACGGAACCAUGGUACAAUGACUGCCAUUGGUAAUGACAACGUGAGCUCACGUCUUCUAGGGACUCUUUACCACCCGAGAAGAAUCGAGUGAAACCGACGAAUAUGAAUAAAAAGAAAAAAACACAUAUUAUCAUCGCCCACUCAGAAAUUUGAUGUUCAAAGUCUGACUCGCCCCCGGAAUUUUAUUUAUUAACAUUUUCGUUUACCUCGAAAUUCUAUAAGGAUUAUAGUUUCAUCAAUAUUAUCAAUAAAUAAACUUCUUUGCUAAAUGUAA